AUGUCCAUAGAAGUAGAAAUUUUUCCAGGGGAAGCAGCCAAGGGCAAAGGCAAAAAGAGAAAUCCUCUUCAUGACUUCAAAAAAACAGGAGAGUUGAUGCUCAUUAAAGUAAACAAAACACUGGAAGUAAAAACGAAGUUGUUAAAUACCACAGAGCAAUGUGCAAAGAGAUGCAGCAGGAACAAGGGCCUUUCCUUCACUUGCAAGGCCUUUGCUUAUGACAGAGUUACAAAACGGUGCCAUUGGUUGUCCUUCAACAGCUUGACAAAUGGUGUGAGAAAGAAGCAAGACCAUGCGUUUGAUCUGUAUGAAAAGAAGGAUUAUGUCAGAAAUUGUAUCAUUGGAAAAGGAGCAGACUAUAAAGGAACAAUAUCUGUUACCAAAAGUGGUAUCCAGUGUCAGGCCUGGAAUUCAAUGAUCCCCCAUGAGCACAGCUUUUUGCCUUCGAGCUAUCGGGGAAAAGACCUGAGGGAAAACUACUGCCGGAACCCCCGAGGGGAAGUGGGGGGCCCGUGGUGCUUCACCACCAGCCCAGAGACGCGCCACGAAGUCUGUGACAUCCCCCUGUGCUCAGAAGUUGAAUGCAUGACCUGCAAUGGAGAGAGUUACAGGGGGCCAAUGGAUCACACCGAGACAGGCAAGGAGUGUCAGCGCUGGGAUCUUCAGAGACCACACAAGCACAAAUUUCGUCCAGAGAGAUAUCCUGACAAGGGCUUUGAUGAUAAUUACUGCCGCAAUCCUGAUGGCAAGCUGAGACCGUGGUGCUACACUCUUGACCCUAACACCCCCUGGGAGUUCUGUGCAAUUAAAACGUGUGAGGAGAGCGUGGUGAACAGCACGGAGGCGGCAGCCGAGACCACAGCGUGCGUCCGGGGACAGGGCGAGGGCUACCGCGGCACCGUCAGCACCAUAUGGAGCGGGAUCCCGUGCCAGAGGUGGGACUCCCAGUUUCCUCACCAGCACAACAUCACUCCUGAGAACUUCAAAUGCAAGGAUUUGAGGGAGAACUACUGCCGAAAUCCAGAUGGAUCUGAAUCACCCUGGUGCUUUACCACUGACCCAAACAUCCGUAUUGGUUAUUGCUCCCAGAUUCCUAAGUGUGAUGUAUCAAAUGAACAAGAUUGUUAUCGUGGCAAUGGCAAGAGUUACAUGGGGAAUCUGUCCAAGACAAGAUUUGGGCUAACUUGCUCCACAUGGGACAAAAAUAUUGAAGACUUACGUAGGCAUAUACAAAUAUUCAGAGAACCAGAUGUUAGUAAACUGAAGAAAAACUAUUGCCGCAAUCCAGAUGAUGAUUUUCACGGUCCCUGGUGUUACACAGAUGAUCCUCUUGUGCCCUGGGAUUACUGCCCUAUUUCUCGAUGUGAAGGUGAUACAACUCCUACUACAACCACCGUAGAUGAUACUGCCAUUCCUUGUGCCUCAACAAAACAUUUGAGAGUUGUAAAUGGAAUCCCAACACAAACUAACGAAGGAUGGGUGGUUAGUUUGACGUACAGGAAUAAGCAUAUCUGUGGUGGUACUUUGAUAAAAGAAGAGUGGGUUCUUACAGCAAGGCAGUGUUUCCCUUCUCGGUACAAAGAUCUGAAAGACUACAAAGCCUGGCUUGGAGUCCAUAAUAUCAAAGGAAAGGGAGAGGAGAAGCGCAAACAAGUGCGGAACAUCUCCCAGUUGGUAUAUGGCCCUGCAGGGUCAGAUUUGGUUUUACUGAAACUCAGCAGACCUGCUAUAUUGACAAAUUUUGUAGAAAUAAUCCGCUUGCCCAUUUCUGGAUGUACCAUUCCAGAGAAGACCAGCUGCAGUGUUUAUGGAUGGGGAUACACUGGAUUAGUUAACUAUGAUGGCCUUCUCCAAGCAGCAAACCUGUUUAUUUUGGGAAACGAGAAAUGCAACCAAUAUCUCAAAGGAAAGAUUACUGUGAAUGAGUCUGAAAUCUGUGCUGUGGCUGAAACCGUAGGUGCUGGGCCUUGUGAGCGAGAUUAUGGUGGUCCUUUGGUUUGUGAACAAAACAGGCUGAAGAUUGUAAUUGGUGUCAUUGUUCCUGGCCGUGGAUGCGCCAUUCGAAAUCGUCCUGGGAUUUUUGUUCGGGUCUCAUAUUAUUCCCGGUGGAUUCACAAGAUUAUGAUGACCUACAGAAAACCCUGA